UUCAAAGAUCCUAUGGUGUACCAUCCGAGGGAUGAUUCCGCAUAAGACUAAGCGCGGUGCUGCUGCUCUUGGCCGACUGAAGGUUUUUGAAGGGGUGCCUACGCCGUAUGAUAAAGUGAAGAGGAUGGUUAUUCCUGAUGCUCUCAGGGUUUUGAGGCUCCAAGCUGGUCACAAGUACUGCUUAUUGGGAAAACUUUCAUCUGAGGUUGGAUGGAAUCAUUAUGACACUAUCAAGGCCCUGGAGAAUAAGAGGAAGGAGAGAGCCCAGGCAACAUAUGAGAGGAAAAAGCAAUUGACCAAGUUGAGGCUCAAAGCUGAGAAGGCUGCAGAAGAGAAACUUGGUUCUCAGCUUGAUAUUCUUUCCUCUGUCAAGUACUGAAUCUAUACAAAAGGCAGAUGAUUAGAAUGGAUUUUUCAUGUCUAAAGGGCUCCUGAGAAUGCUAGCUGGGAGAUUUCCGUUUUUUUUGUUUACUGCGAUUUAGGAACAUCUUGUUACAUCUGUUGGACAUCUUGAGCUAUUGCGGUGUUAACU